AUGAAUGAUCAUACAUUGAUCAUAUUAGCCUUACUUUUCCCACCAUUACCUGUGCUUUUGAAAAGAGGAAUCAAAGACAAAGCUAUUCUUUACAAUUUAUUUUGGAAUUUCAUUGGCUAUAUACCCGCUGUUAUUCAUUCAAUAUUUAUAAUAGCACAAGGUCCAAGGUAUGGAGCUUAUUAUCAGUACAAAUUGAAGAUGAUGAAGAUCCAAGAGUAUUCACCAAUUUAUCACCUUGAUGAGUUGGAUCUUGCUCGUGGUGAUAGUGAGGAUUCACAGCCCUCUGAUUAUAGCGAGGAUGAUAAUCAAGAUCAUAAAUAUGACGAUUCACUAGUCUAG